AUGGAGAAAAAUGACUUGGAGCAGUUUACACAUCUCAAAAGAGAUAUACGCACCUUAGUAGACACCAAACUGGAUAAUGUUCUGAUGAAGAAUGAGUCCCAACAUGAGAUAGACAUCUCACAUUCAAAGAGAUCCUCAAUAUUUAACCAAGAUUUUAAUAAAUUUCAAUCACAGAGAGAUAGCGAGCAACCUCAAAGAUCCCAAGUUAAAGAAAUCAAAUCUGGCCUCCAAAGGCACGUCAAAUAUGAAAGUUUCUGAAAGAUGACACCAACAUCUUCAGGAAGAUUCGAUAAUAACUAUACAUCUGAGAAUCUGAUGGAUGGAAAUAUUUCGAAUCUAGCUCAUAAUUCGAAGAUUCAACCUCUUAUUCCCAGCUUAAAAGGAACUCUUAAGAAAACGAUACAAAAGAAGACACAUUAUCAUGAAGAGGACAAAGAAGUCAGGACUAAAGCUCGAAAAUUUGCUUGAAACAACACUCCUGACAAAGCUAUCAAUAAUUACAUCAUCACAAAAGAUGAUGAUGGGAAAAAUUUCAAUACGUUUGACGCAGAUAAGAACUUCCUCAACUCCAAUCAGCCUAUAAUUAAUCAGCAUACCAAGAAUCCGUCUGAAUCAGGAAUGAACACUCUUACUACAAAAUCUCCUGCUUGAGCAAUGACAGUCAAUAUCAACGAUACUGAAGAGAAUGACUACAAGAAAAGGAACUAUGAUUCUACCCAGAUUUAUUAUGACCAGAAAUGGUAUGUUGACAAGAUAUUUGAGAAUCUUUACCAAAAUAUUUCUCAGGGCCAAUAUGAUUCAAGCAAUGAUUUCAGGAUUAAAACAAUCGUACCAAUAUUAAUGCUGAUCAAAUCGUUUGGAACCCUUUCCUCUACAGGCUUUCUUGAAAGAGACCAAGAAACCAUCAGAAAGAUCUACAGAAUCCUGCUCUUUGCCAGACCUCAGAGUUAUGAAGAGGUUGUCAAUUACCUUUUUCCUGAUAAAGACAGCAAUGGGAAAUCAACAGUCUGGAAGCAUAAGAUGAUUAGAAAGUCCGAUAUCUUGUCAGGUUUGGCUACCAGUCCACCCAAAAACGAAGUUGAAGCAAACCUAAUUCACGAUUUCUUGUGAACUAUCUGAAAGAACCAGUCUCUCGAAUGAAAGCAUAAUAUGGUUAGUACAAAAAAGCUGAAGUGGGGCUGGUUUGACAUUCUCAAUGGGAUGAACAUUGAGCGGAUCAAGCUGACUCGAGAUGAUUACCAAGUCAUGUCAAAAUAUCAUAUGAUCAAGAGCAAUUAUCAUUUCAUAGAAUUAUCUCGUGAUACUAGCUCUGUUUCCUAUAACGACAACCAGAACGAAGAAGAAAGGUUCAUCCUCAGUAAGACCAAGAUAGACCUUGAGAGUAAAUAAAAAGCAUUCCAAGAAAAGCUUAAGGAAGAUAGUCCCAUACGUCCCCAGUCCAAAGAAAGAAUCUAGUCGUGAGGGAUCACCAGAAAAUAACAAAGAUAGCAGUGUCAAAAGUUCUGGUUCCCAGGAAAGUGUGGCUAUUAAAGAAGAUAAGAAUAUUUUCUCUUUUGCAUCUUAUGCCUCAAUGGGUUCUGGGAAAAGAUCCUCAAGGAAAUGAAUCAGCCCCAAGAAGUCAGUGGAGCUAUCCUCUAAGAAGUUACUGAAAGUUCAUAGCUCCUUCAAGCCUCAAAAUUCCCAACAAGAGCCUGCUGAUAGCUCAGAUGAGGCAUGCCUCAUUUGAGGGGAAUUCCUUGAGGCACACCAUGAAGAUUAUAACACUGACAUCAGUGAUAUUAUGGUAAAGUUUCAACAAGCCUCAAAGAAAAUUGACCAGAAUAAGUUCCUUGAAGAGAUUAGAUCUGAAGACCAAAGUGAACUUGACUUAAAGAGAGAUAUGAGAUCUAGUCAAAUGAACUCAAUUAACCACUCAACUGAGAAUUUUAAGAGUAAUCGAGUUAAAGAACAACACAGCUUUAUAAAAGAUAUUGGCAAAGCAUUCAAUUUGACUAAUUUGAGAAAGCAUCCCAAUAGCCCCAAGAUACAAAACAAAUUGCCUGACUUGAGAGAAUCUAAAUCUCAUAUGGUUGAUUUUAAUGUCCCGAAAAAGCGAAAUAGUCAGAUCAGACCAAAUUCUAACUUCUCACUCAAGCAAGCUAGAAUGCUCUUGAAAUAUGCUAGAAAGGAUGGAAUCAGCAGGAAUGAUCUACUUCAGGAAUCAAAAUCUGGUGAAAACACAGUUUCUGUGCUCUAUUGCUACAACUUGCUUGAAAAGGUCAGUAAUUCUGAAGAAUGCAAGGAUGAAGAGAAAUCCUUCAAGCCCAUUGGACCCCAAGGACUCAGUAAGUUUGCUCCCAAGGAGCUUGAAAGUAGCGACACAGAAAAAGAAAUCCAUCAAGAAGAUACAUGAGAACUUUGCUCAGAGAAAUCAAAAGAAAUAGUAACUCUUCCUUGAGGACAUAAAUUAUGAAAGCAGUGCUUUAUUAGCAUGGUUGAAGGAAGACUCGACAGCCUUAAUGUAAUGCAGACAGUCAGAUCCAUCGCCAAAUAACACACCUCAGAAAAAAGAAAAUUGGAUCAAUCUAGCAUGUCCCUUUUAUGUCAUAGAAAAUCCAAGAUGGUUAAAAUCAGAGCUGAUAAGUAUCAAUCAGCCUGGAAAUAUUCAGCUAAAUAAGGAUGAAAUAGUCAAGAAUGAUAAGAAAUUUGACCUAAAUUUUGACAUAUGUAUUCAACCCGAUCUAAUCGAGGAAAGAUUCAUAUGCGAUAAUGUUGAGAGAGCUCAACGUAUAAGAUACUUCAGGCUCAAAGCUCACAUUAGGUCUCAUCUUCUAGUGUUCAAAGAGAUGUGCGUUGAAAACAUGGGAAUUUACUCAGAGUGCAGUAAUUGCCAUCCCCUGUUUCAGGACUCACAAGAAGGUUCAACACAAGCUCGAUCUAAAACUAAGAAUCGUUAUUGCUACAACUGUCUGCACUUAAGAGACUUCUCAGAUGCUUUUGAGCAGCAUCUUGAAGAUUAUUAUGAAUUCCAAAUUUAUCCACAAAUAUGUCCAAACUGUUAUAAAAUUUGUGCGUAUUCUCAAAACUAUACGAUUGAUUGCCCAGAAUGUCAGAAGUCAUAUUGCUUCAAGUGUGGAUUACCCUGGACAGAUGGUCAUUAUAACCCAUUUAGCAAUAAUUCUGGCUUUUGACAAAAAAUAAGAAGAAGCAGGAAGAGAAUUCAGACAACAGAUCUAGAUGAGAUCAAGUUCAGCAAACUGACCAAAGUAGCCUCGGUCCUUAGUUCCCUUGUCCUGAUCCCUCUGUUCUGUGUGACACUAUUUCCCUUCAUUAUGGCCGCAUCGAAGAUUAUGAAUAGGACUCCGUACUAUAGAGAACAAAGAAGGAAUCCUGUAGUGAAAUGCCUUAAAAAAUCAUCCCUCUUUUUACUAUACUACUUGCUGAUUCUGAUCAUGUUCCCAAUGACAUCUGUUUAUAUAUUUGUAUGACUGAUAGAGUUUUUAUGCUCAUAAUAAAAUUCAA